ACAACAGCAGCUGCCAGUUCUGCAGCAACAGCUUCCACCACCUCCUUUCCACGUGCAGCUCGUAACUGCACCAACACAGGAAUCACCAGCACGAGCACCAUCUCCCUCAGUGGUGGUAAUGGGAGGUCCAGCAACACAUCAGCAUUCACCUAUGUCUGUGGAGCAUCCUGCUGCAAGUACUGCUGCCAGCUCUGCCCCAUUAUCUCAGCAGGCCACACCCCAUCAGGAUGCUAAGAAUGCACCUACAGGACUGCGAGUCCGCACUGAUGAAUUGCGCAGAGCAUCUUCAUCACCACAGGAGACAACGUACGAGUGCCCACUGCGAUCGAACCACUGCCCUGCCCUGAGGCCUGGCCCUGCACUGGGUUGCAACUAUUGCUGGAACACAAUCGACAGCCAUGGCCGCAUUCUCCGGCGUAAGACUAAAUAUUAUUGCCCUGAGUGCCAAACCAAUCUCUGCAUUGUUCCCUGUUUUCAGGCAUAUCAUGAACGUGCGACAGCUCCGCCUGGCAGCAAGAUUUUGCCUAAGACUGGUUCCAUAUAGUGAAUAAUGUCACUGCAUUAGGAUAAAAAAAUUCUUUCAGCUUUCUGCCAUUUCAGAAAGUGCACAGAGACAAUAUUUUUCAUUGUUAGAGAGUCAGUUCUGUCAGAACAGAGAAUUUUGGCUUGUUUAACUCAGAGGGACAAAUUGUAUCAUGUAAAGGAGUUCCACACACAUACAUUAAUUGUGCAUGAUCAAAAU